AUGAAAGGACACCCUUCCCUUAACGACUGUUUACACAGCGGUCCUAACUUAAUUGAACUUAUCCCGGAUGUCUUAUUGCGUUUUAGGGAAAGAAGUAUUGGUAUUUUUUCAGAUGUGAGAAGAACGUUUUUACAAUUAAGUGUCGCCAAAGAAGAUAGAGAUUUUGUAUGGUUCUUAUGGUGGCAAAAUGAGGAGGACAAAAAGUGUAAAAUAUUUCGACAUACAAGAGUUGUCUUCAGGGUAACGAGUAGUCCUUUUCUUUUGGCAGCUGUUAUCAGGUAUCAUAUACAAAAUGACCAAGAUAACGAUGAAGAUUUCAAGAAAAGGCUCUUACAGAGUUUCUAUGUUGGCAAUUCUUUAACCAGUGUAGAUACUCCACUUGAAAUGGAAGAAUUUAAGCAAAAAUCUAUUGAAUUGAUGAAAAAAGGAAGUUUCGAGUUGAGAAGUUGGGAAAACUCACAUUGCAAAGACUCGCCCACAGAAUCAACUAUAUUAGGUUUGAAAUGGAAUAAAGUGGAGGACACCCUCAAGGUAAAUAUGAGUUGGUUAAAAGAAAUCAAUAUGGAAAAAGUCACUAAACGAUCUAUUCUGUCUAUCGCUCACCGCAUUUUCGAUCCUAUUGGAUUUACCACUCCAGUCAUGCUGUGCCUAAAAUGGAUUCUGGUUAAUUCAGAAAAUCUAGAGAACUGUUCCUUACAUACAUUUUGCGAUGCCAGUAAAGAGGCUUAUGCAGCUGUGGUUUUCUUAAGGAUUGAAGAGAAAGAUGGCGAUAAAAUCAGUUUUGUGUCGGCGAAGUCUCGUAUUACGUCACUCAAAGGAGGGACCAUACCAAGGUUGGAGUUAACCGCUGCCUUGGUGGGAGCUAGACUCUCACAAUCAGUUGCACAAGCUCUUGACUGGAAGAAUAUCAAGCAAUACUUUUGGAGCGAUUCCACAACAGUUCUCGCUUGGAUAACCAAAGCAGAAAAUUGGUCAGUUUUUGUUAGGAAUCGCACAGAUGAAAUAAGAAAAUCGAGCGACUUCUUCUCCUGGCUCCAUGUUGCAGGAAAAUUGAACCCGGCAGAUCUUCCUUCCAGAGGAUGUUCUUCUAAAACAUUGAAAGCUAUGAAAUGGUGGGGGGGGGGUCCAGCCUGGUUGAAAGAACCAACUUGGAAUAUUACCACAGAGAUUGAUGUCCACAAUGACGAGGAAAUUGUAAAAGAACUGUCAAAGUCUGGUGGUUUUUUGACCAAUUGCAACCAAUUGACUAAAGAAGACGACUCUCAAUUGAAUCAUAACAUCGACAGAGAAGAAAUAAUAUCUGACCAACGGCAAUAUUUAACAAUCUCAACUUGCGGCAUUAAUGUAGAUAUUUCAUGGAUUUUCUCUUACUUUUCUAAAUAUUCGAAGAUUCUACGAAUGAUAGCGUAG